CUGUUUGUUUAUGAGAGAUAGUGAUUAGCAAAUUUUGAAGCGUUUUAAACCAUAUGAAAUAAGGAUGCCUCACGGCCAUUCGCAUAAUCAUGGACAGGACUGUGGCCACGAAGCCACCGACAUAGACCAUGCCUUGGAAAUGGGAAUCGAAUAUUCGCUAUUUAAAAAAAUCGAUUUGGACAAUUUGGAGUGUUUGAAUGAGGAAAGCGAAGGUACCGGCAAGAAAGUAUUUAAGGCUUAUGAAAAUCGGCUGGACCACACAGAGUACGUGCAAAGCGAUGUGGAUGAGGAGUUGUUGUUCAACAUACCAUUUACCGGCAAUAUCAAGCUGAAGGGCAUCAUUAUAGUGGGCGCUAAUGACAACACACAUCCAAACAAAGUAAGGCUCUUCAAAAAUCGGCCUAAAAUGACAUUCGACGAUGCACGUAUCAAAGCCGAUCAGGAAUUUGAAUUGUCAAGAGAUGUGCGAGGAGAAAUUGAGUAUUCGCCAAAAGUGGUUACUUUCUCAUCAGUCCACCAUUUAUCGUUACAUUUUCCUUCUAAUUUCGGUGAUGAUUCAACACGUAUCUACUAUAUCGGUCUGCGUGGCGAGUUCAGUGAGGCGCAUUACCAUGGAGUGACAAUAUGCACUUAUGAAGCGCGUCCAAAUGUCAGCGACCAUAAAACUGAUGCAUACGAUUCGGUGAAUCGCACAAUACAAUAAUAAAGUGAUUUAAUUUUACCUCAAAAGAGUUGAAAACUAACUAAUAUGUUGCAAUUUUUGAUACGAAUCAUAAUUUAAAAGAAUAUAAAAGAAAGAAAUACGAGUACAUGAAAUAUUGUUAAGCUGCAAGCAGGCGUACUAUGAAAAAUAAACAUAAUGAAAUUUUUAAAUUACCAUUAAAACACAGAUGAAAUGUGAAUAAAAGUCAAUUAGAAUUUUGUGAAA